AUGUAUCAUGCUAGGUUCCUUCUUUCUUGUGAGAUAUGCAGGACGUUACACGAAUGGGGACGCAAUCGAAAAGCCUUCACUACUCCCAUAUAUCUCUAUGAAGGCGGUUCUCGCUUUACUCUUCCUCCUGACAAUCCUCCUCCUCCAAAGACUGGCGAGUUGCAGCUGAUCCAUCUGGGGUACCCAUUAGGGUAUGAUCCUUUAAGGGACGAGUACAAGGUUCUCAGUGUUCGAACGAUGGUUGACAAGUCUAAAGAACAUCAUAUUAGCUCGAUAUACAAGAUUUUCACAGUCGGGACAAACUCAUGGAGAGAGAUUCGCACUGAUAUUCCUUCCAUCUUGCGCCCUCAUAAAUACUGCGUUUGUGUUUAUGUGUAA